AUGAGCCGCAGCCCGGACAGGAUCUCGUCCUACCGCCGCCACUUUGAGGACAACAGCAGCUCGUCCUACCAGGUCAGGGUGUCCAGCCCAUCCCCCACCAGGAGAGACUCCCGUCAUGCCUCCACCGGCUACUCCUGCAGAUCAGGGGCCAGCGGCAUGCGUGUUGAGUCAGCGGGACGAAGGACCGUCUCAGCUGCACGCAGGACUCGCAUGGGUGGAGCAGGUGUGAGUGCAGGAGCCCUGGUCUGUGUUGGGCCUAGUGGAGAACCUGCUAUGGAUCUGGAUGUGGCUGCAGCUGAGAACCAAGAAUUCCUCAGCACCCGCACAACUGAAAGACGGGAGAUGGUCGUCCUCAAUGACAGACUGGCCAUAUACAUUAACAAGGUUCGAUCACUUGAGCAGCAGAACAAGCUGUUGGAAACAGAGAUCGAGGCCUACCAGAACCGCUUUGAGAAUCCAUCAGGUCUGCGCCUCUUAUAUGAGGAACAGCUGAGGGAGCUGAAAAAGAUCGCUGACCAGAUGAGAGUUCAGCGGAACAUUUCCUGGGCUGCUAAGGAGUCCACAGCUGCUCAACUGGAGGCAAUCAAAAUCAAAUAUGAGGAGGCAGUGGAGCUGAGGAGGAAAGCUGAGUUAGACAUUGAAGCCUUCCGUCCAGAUGUUGAUAAAGCCACCUCCUCGCGCAUUGCCUUGGAGAAGAAGCUGGAGCAGCUGGAAGUUGAGAUUGAAUUCCUAAAACGGGUCCAUCAACAGGAAAUUGAAGAGCUCAUGAAACAAAUCUACGCAGCUCACGCAACAGCUCAGAGUGCAUUCGACCUGCCUGACCUGGCAGCCGCUUUGAAACAAAUCCAAACCCAGUAUGACGACAUCGCAGCCAAAAAUCUCCAGGAGAUGGAUUCGUGGUAUAAAAACAAGUUUGAAGAUCUGACCAGUAAGACGUCAAGGCACGUGGAUAAGGUUCGAGGCAUGAGAGAUGAAAUAGCAGGUGCCAAAAAGGACAUCCAAAGCAAAGACCGUGAUUUGGAUACCAUGAGGAGCAGGAAUGAAGCUCUUGAGGGCAAGAUCCGAGAGACACAAGAAAAGAACAAGAAAGAACUGGAAGACCUGCAGGCUCGGAUUGAGGCCCUGCGGCUUGAGAUGAAAUCCACCAAGGAGAAAAUUGCGCUGCACCUGCGCGAGUACCAGGACCUCCUGAAUGUCAAAAUGUCUCUUGAGAUUGAGAUUACAACAUAUAGAAAACUUGUUGAAGGAGAGGAUCUGCGGCUCUCUGGCAUGAUGCAAACCCUGUCUCUUACGAGUUGUAGUACGAGCACCAUUGGUGGUGGGAUGAGCUUCAGUGGAGGAGGCAUGGGUGGUGUUGGUGGAAUGGGUGGAAUGGGUGGAAUGGGUGGUGGGAUGAUGACGGGAGGUAGUGGUGGAGGUUCUGGAGGCAUGGGGGGUGGAGUAGGAAUGAGUGGGGCUAUAGGUGCAGGAGGCAUGGGCACAGGUUCAGGCAGUGGUGCUGGAGGAAUAAGUGGAAGAAUGGGUGCUGGAGGUCCAGAUAACAGGAUAGGUCCUACUGGUAGAGCAGGUGGGGCAGACAUGGGUGGUGGUCAUGGAUUGGGAGCUGGGGGUGUCGGUGUAGGAACUGCUGCUGGAGGUGUGGGUACUGGUGGAGGCAGUGGAGGAAUGGGUGCUGGAGGAAUUAGUGGUGUUGGUACUGGUGCUGGCGGACUGGGUGCUGGAAGUGUUGGUGCUGGUACUGGUGCUGGAGGUUUGGGCACCGGUGCUGGAGGUGUGGGCACCGGUGCUGGAGGUGUGGGCACUGGUGCUGGAGGUGUGGGUGUUGGUGGAAAUUUAGUAUUCGGCACCGGAGGCAAAGGUAACAGCCAUGCGGGUGGUGUUGGAAUGGGUGCAGGUGGUGGCACUGCAGGUUCAAGGGGCAUGGGUGGCAGUGGCAUGGGGGUCAGUGCAGGAAAUCGCGGUGUCGGUGGAGGGGCAGGGGAUGGAAUUAGUGGAGGCAUAGAUGGGGAAGGAGGCAACGAUCAAGGAAUGGGUCCUGCUGGAAUGGGUGGCGGAAUCGGAGGCAGCAGAGGAAGUGAGGGUGUGGGUGGAGGUAAUGCACUGUCCGGCGUUGGUAGAAUGGGGAAGCUUGGUGGAAGAAUUGGUGACACCAGUGGUGCCGGGAUGGGAUCUGAUGGAUAUGACAGCAACCAUGAGCCCUACGCAGAGCAGGCUGUGGAGCUGACGGAGAGGAGGACGGUGCUCAUUAGAACGGUUAAAAAUGAGGAUGACACGGUGGAGAUGGACCACCAGGAACAAACCUACAUCAUCACCGGUGCAGCCGAUGACUCUGAUGAGGAAUGA